AUCGUGUCAAAUAAUCGGUAGCAGCAAUAUUUGUUUGAUGAGUGGUGUCUAAUUAUCAGAGAAGCCAUAUCCUGAUAGGUAAGCCAAUAGUAUAUAUAGUAAAUUAGUUAAGGUGUAAUUUUAGAUAUCCUAGUAAGUAGUAAAUGGAGAAUCAUGAGCAGAUGGUCCUUGUUGGUUCAACAAGUUACAACUCUAUGAAUGGGGGAUUAAACAUGUCGUCCGCCCAGAUUUGCCGUGAAAAGAUAAUGGAAGAAAAUCAAAAUUCAUCGCUUAAGAAUAAGGGAGAUAAUAAGAAAAUUAAGAAGCCCAGAUUUGCUUUCCAAACAAGAAGUCAGGUUGAUAUACUUGAUGAUGGCUAUCGAUGGAGAAAAUAUGGACAAAAAGCUGUCAAGAACAACAAUUACCCAAGAAGCUACUACAGAUGUACUCAUGAAGGAUGCAAUGUGAAGAAGCAAGUACAACGCCUUUCCAAAGAUGAAGGAGUUGUAGUGACCACUUAUGAAGGCAUGCACACCCAUCCUAUUGACAAGCCUAAUGAUAAUUUUGAACAAAUCCUCCAUCAGAUGCAUAUUUUUCCUAAUCCUCCCAUCCCUCUUAAUUAAUUUAUUUGUAUAUGUGUGCGCUAGAUUAUUAGUGUUGUGCUGCUUCAAGAUUAGAGUUAUAAAACAAAUGUAUAUUUACUAAAUCUGCUACCUAAGAUCAGGAAAUAAUCCAGCAUUGGUGUAACCAUCAGUAAAUGUUUUUUUUUUUUUUGUUUCUUUGGAAGUCACAAAUGUUGGGCUUCUUUAUUACUAAUUUAACUUGAAGGAUAAACUACAGUUUGAGAGCUUAAAUUCAAGCUGUUUUUGCCUCAUAUAUAAAAUUUUCCAAUACA